UGGGGGGAGUUUGUAGGAGGUGGUAAAUGACAUCACAGCAGCCCAAAUUAAUAAGGUGAGGAGAGAAAGGAGGCUGGAGGAACAGAGUGGACUGGAUCUGAGAGUUUGGCAAUUAAAAAUCACAGCUGCAGUCUGCUCUCGCUGGGCACCCUGGCAGCCCCCGAGGGACCAUGCAGAGAUCACCCCUGGAAAAGGCAAAUCUCCUCUCGAAACUUUUCUUCAGUUGGACUAGACCAAUUUUGAGUAAAGGUUUCAGAAAACGCUUGGAAUUGUCAGACAUAUAUCAAAUUCCCUCAUCUAACUCUGCAGACAAUCUAUCUGAAAAGUUAGAAAGGGAAUGGGACAGAGAGCUGGCAUCAAAGAAAAAACCCAAACUCAUUAAUGCCAUUAGACGAUGUUUUUUCUGGAGAUUUGUGUUUCAUGGAAUCAUAUUAUACUUAGGGGAAGUAACCAAAGCAGUACAGCCUCUAUUACUGGGAAGAAUCAUAGCCUCCUAUGAUCCUGACAACGAAGUAGAACGUGCCAUUGCAAUAUAUCUAGGCAUAGGCCUGUGCCUUCUCUUUAUAGUGAGGACACUUCUUCUACACCCUGCCAUCUUUGGCCUUCAUCACAUGGGAAUGCAGAUGAGAAUAGCCCUGUUUAGUCUGAUUUACAAAAAGACCUUAAAACUGUCAAGCCGUGUUCUAGAUAAAAUAAGCACUGGACAGCUUAUCAGUCUCCUUUCCAACAAUCUGAACAAGUUUGAUGAAGGGCUGGCCCUGGCACAUUUUGUCUGGAUUGUACCUUUACAAGUGGUGCUCCUGAUGGGACUUCUUUGGGAUUUGCUACAAGCCUCAGCAUUUUGUGGACUUGCUUUCCUAAUAGUACUUGCUCUGUUCCAAGCCUGGUUAGGACAAAUGAUGAUGAAAUACAGAGAAAGGAGAGCAGGAAAGAUAAAUGAAAGACUUGUGAUAACUUCAGAAAUGAUUGACAAUAUACAGUCUGUUAAGGCAUAUUGCUGGGAGGAGGCAAUGGAAAAUAUGAUUGAAAAUAUAAGAGAAACUGAACUGAAAUUGACCCGAAAAGCCGCAUAUGUGAGAUACUUCAAUAGCUCAGCCUUCUUCUUCUCAGGUUUCUUUGUUGUAUUUCUAGCUGUGCUUCCUUAUGCCUUGAUGAAAGGAAUUAUCCUGCGAAAAAUAUUUACAACCAUCUCAUUCUGUAUUGUUCUUCGAAUGGCAGUAACUCGGCAGUUUCCCUGGGCUGUACAAACCUGGUAUGAUUCUCUUGGAGCAAUAAACAAAAUACAGGAUUUCUUACAAAAAGAAGAAUACAAAACAUUGGAAUAUAACUUAACAACCACAGAAGUUAUGAUGGAAAAUAUAACAGCAUUCUGGGAUGAGGGAUUUGGAGAAUUAUUUGUAAAGGCAAAACAGAAUAAUAGUGAUGUGAAAAUUUCCAGUGGUGAUAAUGGCCUCUUCUUUAGCAACUUCUCACUUCUUGGUACUCCUGUCCUUAAAAAUAUCAGUUUCAAGAUAGAAAAGGGACAAUUGUUGGCUGUUGCUGGAUCUACUGGGGCAGGCAAGACUUCACUUUUAAUGAUGAUCAUGGGAGAAUUGGAACCUUCAGAGGGCAAAAUUAAGCACAGCGGAAGGAUUUCCUUUUGUUCUCAGUUCUCUUGGAUCAUGCCUGGUACUAUUAAAGAAAACAUUAUUUUUGGUGUUUCUUAUGAUGAAUACCGAUAUAGAAGUGUCAUCAAAGCCUGCCAAUUAGAAGAGGACAUAUCAAAGUUUGCGGAAAAAGACAACACAGUUCUUGGAGAAGGUGGAAUCACUCUGAGUGGAGGUCAACGAGCAAGAAUUUCUUUAGCAAGAGCAAUAUACAAAGAUGCUGAUUUAUACCUCUUAGAUUCCCCAUUUGGCUAUUUAGAUAUGUUAACUGAAAAGGAGAUAUUUGAAAGCUGUGUUUGCAAGCUGAUGGCAAACAAGACCAGGAUAUUGAUCACUUCUAAAAUGGAACAUUUAAAGAAAGCUGACAAGAUAUUAAUAUUACAUGAAGGCAGCUGCUAUUUCUAUGGAGCCUUUUCUGAUCUUCAAAAUAUGCGUCCUGACUUUAGCUCAAAACUCAUGGGAUAUGAUUCUUUUGACCAAUUCAGUGCAGAAAGAAGAAGUUCAAUCCUAACAGAAACCCUGAGACGUUUCUCAAUAGAAGGUGAUACUGCUGUCUCCUGGAAUGAAGGAAAAAAGCAAUCUUUUAAACAAACUGGAGAUUUUGGGGAAAGAAGAAAGAAUUCUAUUCUUAGUUCACUGAACUCCAUAAGGAAAUUUUCAGUAGUGCAAAAGAGUCAACCGCAAAUGAAUGGCAUUGAGGAAAAUGAUGAUGAGCCCUUAGAAAGGAGGUUGUCUUUGGUGCCAGAUUCUGAGCAGGGAGAGGCAAUUCUGCCCCGGAGUAAUAUCAUGAAUACAGGUCCAACAUUCCAAGGUCGAAACAGGAGACAGUCAGUACUGAACUUGAUGACCCGCCCAUCAGUUUGCCAAGGUCAAAACAUGUAUAAAACGGGGAAUGCUGCCAGGAAGAUGUCCAUGGCCCCCCAGUCUAAGUUAUCUGAAAUUGAUAUUUACUCCCGACGUUUAUCUCAAGAUAGUGGCAUGGAUAUAAGUGAUGAAAUUAAUGAAGAAGAUUUAAAGGAGUGGUUUUUUGAUGAUGUAGAAAACAUCCCAGCUGUUACCACAUGGAACACCUACCUCAGAUAUAUCACUAUUCAUAAGAACUUAGUUUUUGUCUUAAUUUGGUGCCUCGUUAUUUUUCUGGUUGAGGUGGCUGCUUCUUUGGUUGGGCUUUGGCUCCUUAAGGACACCUCUUUCAAAGAUAAAACAAAUGGUACAAAUGGGACCAAUAAUACCAUUGGAGUCAUUAUCACUGACACCAGCAAAUACUACUUGUUUUAUAUAUAUGUGGGAGUAGCUGACACAUUCUUUGCCCUAGGAAUGCUUAGAGGCUUACCACUGGUGCAUACACUAAUAUCGGUCUCCAAAAUUCUACAUCACAAAAUGUUAUGCUCUGUUUUGAAAGCACCUAUGUCAACCUUCAACACUUUGAAAGCAGGGGGAAUUCUGAACCGUUUCUCCAAAGAUAUAGCAAUUCUGGAUGACCUCCUGCCACUUACAAUAUUUGACUUCAUCCAGUUAAUACUGAUUGUAUUUGGAGCUCUCAUUGUAGUGUCAGCCAUACGACCAUAUAUCUUUCUGGCAACAAUGCCCGUGAUAGCAGCCUUUAUUAUGUUAAGGGCAUAUUUCCUCCAAACCUCCCAGCAGCUAAAACAACUGGAAUCUGAAGCCAGGACUCCAAUUUUUACUCAUCUGGUUACAAGUUUAAAGGGACUGUGGACUCUACGAGCUUUCGGACGCCAACCGUACUUUGAGACUUUGUUCCAUAAAGCUCUGAAUUUACACACAGCAAAUUGGUUCCUAUACCUGUCCACACUCCGCUGGUUCCAAAUGAGAAUAGAAAUUGUUUUUGUCAUCUUCUUCAUUGCUGUGACCUUCAUCUCCAUUUUAACUACAGGAAAUGGAGAAGGAGAAAUUGGAAUUCUUCUAACUUUAGCCAUGAAUAUCAUGAGUACCUUGCAGUGGGCUGUGAACUCCAGCAUAGAUGUGGACAGUUUGAUGCGGUCUGUGAGCCGAGUAUUUAAAUUCAUUGAUAUGCCAGCUGAAGAACCUCUACCUACCAAAACGACCAAAUCAUUGAAGAAAAACCAGCUUUCACAAGUUCUGAUCAUUGAGAAUGAGCACGUAAAUAAAGAAAACUGGCCCUCUGGAGGUCAGAUGAUUGUCAAAGACCUCACAGCCAAAUAUAUAGAUGGUGGGAAUGCUGUAUUAGAGAACAUUUCCUUCUCAAUAAGUCCUGGGCAGAGGGUGGGCCUCUUGGGCAGAACUGGUUCUGGAAAAAGCACCUUGUUAGCUGCAUUUUUAAGACUACUGAACACAGAAGGAGAAAUGCAGAUUGAUGGUAUAUCUUGGAAUUCAAUACCCUUGCAGCAGUGGAGAAAAGCAUUUGGAGUAAUACCACAGAAAGUAUUUGUAUUUUCUGGGACAUUUAGAAAAAAUCUGGAUCCUUAUGGGCAAUGGAGCGAUCAUGAAUUAUGGAAAGUUGCAGAUGAGGUGGGACUGAAGUCUGUAAUAGAGCAGUUUCCUGGCAAACUGGAUUUUGUCCUUGUUGAUGGUGGUUAUGUUCUAAGUCAUGGCCAUAAACAGUUGAUAUGUUUGGCUCGGUCUGUUCUCAGCAAGGCAAAAAUCUUGCUACUGGAUGAACCAAGUGCUCAUCUGGAUCCUAUAACAUAUCAAGUCAUUCGGAGAACACUGAAGAAUGCAUUUGCCAACUGCACUGUAAUCCUCUCUGAACACAGGAUAGAAGCAAUGCUGGAGUGUCAGCGAUUUUUGGUCAUAGAAGAGAACAAAGUGCGUCAGUACGAGUCAAUCCAGAAGCUGGUGAAUGAGAAGAGUCUCUACAGGCAAGCCAUCAGUCACUCAGACAGGAUGAAGCUCUUCCCCCACCGGAACUCGAGCAGGCACAAGUCCCGAGCCAAAAUCACUGCCUUGAAGGAAGAAACAGAAGAAGAGGUACAGGAAACCCGACUUUAGAGAUUCACACCUGCAAAUUCUUGCCAGACUCACAUCACUCUUUAAAUUUUAUGGGAAAAGAGAGCCUCUUUCCUUCUCUCUGGGAAAACUUAUGAAUGAUGUUCCAAAUUAAGAAAGAUGAAAGAAGGCUUUUCAUGAAAAACUCUGUGUGUGUGUGUGUGUGUGUGUGUGUGUGUGUGUGUGUGUGUGUGUGUGUGCAUGUAUACCUGGGGAUGUGACUUCUUGCCAAAGGUGAAGCAAUGUAAAAGGCACUGAAGAUCCUUGAAGAGUUACCACUUAUUUUUUUUUAGCAACCCAGAUUGUCCUGAAACAUCUCUAGUUUUAUACUUACUGACUACAUAUGUGAUGUCCAUCAGCUGGAGCUUUCCAAGAUCAGCUUACUUGCCUUAUAAAACUUGGAGGUGAUUUUUUUUAAUCUUGGAAGAAUGAAAGCUUUCAAGUCUCAUUGUAGGGGUAAGCAAGAUGAAUUUAAGUUCAUGUGCCUCCAUUUCCCUUUUCCCCUUAACAUCAUAAAAAAGAGUGCCUACUGAUCAUUCUGAAUUUUCAAGAAUUCACUGUGUUAUAGGUGGCCAACUAUGGCUCCUUUCCAUAGUAUGUGAGUCAUAGCUUGUAGGAAUUAAUGAAGGAAAUGAGAACUAGUUGUCCAAAUAUCAGGACAAGAAUGAUUCAAAUAUAGGAAAACCCAUAUCUACUAAUCUAGAUAAUCUGAAUCCUUCUCUGUACAUGGAAAUAGGGAUAUUGGAAAGGUCCUGUAUGGUAGAGAAACAUUAUACUAUGUAAACUAGCAUACCAAGACUUCUUCAAUAUACUGGUAGUAUGAAGGUGAUAAACUCUCCUCCCUGUUGGAAAGUGUGAAGAAGUGCCCUUGUACAAGCUUGUCUAGGACCAUAAUCCAGAUAAAUCAGUAUACUGGGUGGAGGUGUGAUGAAUAGAUCAGAGAUACUAUAGGAAAUUCCAGAGGUGUUGUGUAGCAAUGUUUAUGAGUUUAUGACAUCUUUCUUAGGCUUCAUAGUAUAUACAUAAAGUGAGAGGUAGGUCAGAAGACACAUUGAGAUAGAGUUAAUAAAUGAAUCAGUUUUUGUAUUCUUCUAUUUUUUAAUUUUAGGAUGUAAUUGAGUUUUCCCUAGACAAUAUUAUUUAUUUUAAUAUUGUGUUAACUUCAUAUAAAGAAAAUUAUGUAUUUUAAGAAUGAUGAUGAUUCUGCACCACUUAGAAAUAUAUUUGUAUAAAAAGAUUUUUUAUAUCAGAAAUAUAUACUUUUGUGGCACUAGCUAUUUUUAUUCUACAUUUUAUUAUAACUGGAAAAAAAUUGCCAGACCCUAAGGGGAGGUAUAAAAAAAGGGGCAUUAUCUUUUCAGAUGUGUAGAAACGCGUCAUGAUUAUGCAGAUGUUGCACACAUCCUUUUUAAAAAAUAUCCAACCCCAAGGGUCACCUCAACCCCUUUCAGACAUGGUCUCAUAGAAGACAAUUACAAUGUGCAAACACUUCUAUUUAGUAUAUACUGCUUUCUAAAAUCCAAAUAGGCCUUGAAAAUUGCAUUUUAUUUAUUGUCAGAAAAAAAGUAUAUCAUGUGUGUCAAUAAAAUUCAUAUAUUUGUGUACAAAUCAGCUGCCUUUCAGAUGCAUUUGUUAGUUUUACAUCUUCUUUAGUGCUGGGGUCCUUUUGCAUGUAUGAGUUGAUUCUUAGCUCUGAGAAUGAAUCAGUAAUUAAUACUUUGAGAUUUUUGCUCCUCCUACUCUCUUUUCAUUCCCUAGCACAUUUCUGUGGAUGAAGAAUGAAUUGAAUCCUCCUGUUUGGCUUAAACUCUGUUAAACUCCCAUAUAAACCAUUGCCAUUUCAUGAGCUACUUCUUGGUUUGGUUGUGAAGUUUAUAGAACAGUUUUGGGAAAGUAAAUGGCUAUUGUCAUCAUCUAUUUCUUCACUUUGAAAGCCCUUUCAAAUAAUUAAUACUUUUGAAAGCAGCUAUAUCAAUCUGGUUUCAGACACUUCCUGUCAAUGUGACCCUGGGCAAAUCACAACCUCAAUUGCCUAGCUCUUACUAUUCUUCUACCUUAGAAUUGAUAUUGAUUCUAAGUCAAAAGGUAAGGGUUUGAAGAAGAAAAAAAAAGAGAGCAAAUAUAUCAAACCAUGCUUAGGAGCCUUCCUAUCCUGGUGAUAGCUUUACUUUCUGGUUUUCCUGCCUUCUUUCAAAUCCAACUAAAAUCCCACCUUCUGCAGGAAAUCUUUCCAACUCCUGCUAAUUAUUUCCUAUUUAUCCCAUGUAUAGCUUGUUCUCUCGUAGUUGUUUAAAAUGUUUUGUCUUUCAUUAAAUUCCAAGUUCCUUGAGGACAGGGAUUUGCCUUUCACUGUUUCUCCAGCACUUAGUAUCAUGCAUGCCUGACACAUAGUAGGUGCUUAAUAAACACUGACUUACUGAUCAGUAGGAAAUACUUAGAAGUUUUUUGUUGAUUUUUAUGGGGACUCAGUCACAUUUUCUGACACAAAAGGCUGGUUCUCCUUUAGAAUCAAGGAAUAACUCUUUCAAGGACCAGGUCCACGGGAAUUUUUAUAUAAGAACUGAGGAAACUAUAUUACUUCUGUCCUUGCCACAAUUUCAUAGCAAGUUAUUAAUUUUGUUGAGUAUU